AGUCCCGCCGUCGUUCACACGUAUAGUAUACGCGAUCGCGUACGGACGUAUUGAAUAGAAUGUGUAAUAUGUGUACUCGCGACGUAACGCUGGAGGCUCCUCCGCCACCGAAAGUGUCACGUACUUUAGAGCGAAUGAAGUUGAAACAUAAUAUCAUCACAGACCCUGUCAACGAGGAGAAGCAGAGAGAGGUGGAGUACCAGCCGGACCUCCUGGCCGUAUCCACUCAGUACACGAAAAUUGCUUACGAUGUCUUCAAACAGGCUGUCGUGAGACUACAAGAGUCGAAGGCAUACGUUAUAGCGACACGGACAUCGCAGCCGUUCCACGUGGCGCUGGCGCUGCUGGUGCUGCUGGCGUGGAUGAGCCGGCCCGGCUCAGCUAGUAACGUCCGCGGCUGGAGGGCGCUGUACGUGGGGGCCGUGGCCACUCACCUCGGAGCUCAGAUAUGGAUGACGCUUGUGUCCGGUAUCGUCCUAUACUUCUCCCUUCCGAGACACGAGUUCGGCCGCGUGCAGACCAUCCUGUUCCCUAUCUACUACGCGUUCAACGCCUGCAUGAGCUUGCUGGGACUCCUGGCGUACCUCCGCACACAGUGCCUUACGGAAUUCGAGAACACCUCAUGGAUACAGCUAGCACUACUGUUAGCAGUAUUCAGUAUAGAGGCUUACGUGAGACUGCGGCUGGUGCGGCCCAUGCUCCGCGCCAAGCACGUCAAGACACAGAUGGAGGAGUCUGCUGGAGGUGGCCAGGAAGUGGGACGCCUGAUAUUAGGCGAGCUUGCUCACUGUCCUCGCUACAUCCGCGUGUUGAAGACCUUCCGCGCCUACCACUCGUCUAUAGCCAUGGGCACCAUGAUAUCGCUUGGCUGCUCGCUGUAUUCCACUAUGAUCAUAGUCGAUUCCAUGUGCCAAUGAUCGGCGCGGGUUCGACAACACAUUGACGUUUCUAUGACAGUCUGUCAAAAUGAAUUAGCGUUUUUUGGAUUUGCAAUAUUCAACCGCCUAUAUUCAUUAAAAGUCAAUGGAUGAAAGCAUUAUGCAAUUAUAGGGAAUGUAGGAAAGUAACGUUUACACGUCUUUUGAUACAUUAGUAUUUAUUAUUUUAUAUCUGAUUACGUUUUAAGUAACAAUGGAUGUGCCGUAAGAAAACAGUUGACAUUCAGUAAAACCAUUAAUUGCAGAACUAAUAAAUAAUAAAUAUAUUUGUUUUGAUUAAAGUCUUAGUGUUUAAAAUUAAAUUCCUUUUAUAACAUAACUUUGCAACGACUUGCAGUUAUGACAUUCGCGGCCCACAAUCAGGCUGUGCACAUCUUGUCUUUCUAAGAUAAAAUAUUAUAAAAAUAUUAUUAAAAAAAACGAUGAGACAAACAUGGGUAUAAAAUGAAAUAUGAGGCGCUGGUCGCAUGUUUUGUUUCUAUGAGAAACGCAAGAGCUAUUCGAAUUGUACAGACAGUAGAAUAGUCGACUUACUAUAACAAUCGAAUAAUAUUAAUAGUUAGUAAGUAGGGAGUAGGCUCUAGGUAAUUUUUAAGGUGAACCAAUCGUUUAAAACUACAUAAACCGUAGUUUCAAAAUUAAGGCAUUUAUUAGUUUCCAGACGUGAAUGGUAACACCAUAAACCAAUAUAAAUGUAAACCGCAUUGCCAAUUUCAAGCUGCUUGAUUACGAUGAAACUCGUGUUGUAUGCUCUCUAAUUUCCUGCAUUACUGUCAUAGUAAUAAAUAUUAAGUGUAGUUUUAAUUUAACGAAGUAAUUCCAUGGCAUUCGUCAGGCAAAAAUCGCAUCUUGAACGCAGGAAAUUACGAGGCAAGCAACAAGCGCCGACUAUCGAACCGUUCUAGGACUCUUUAUUUUACUAUAUUACACUGUCGACUUAUUACGCUCGAUUGAAACUUAUUAAACUAAAUACAUUUUGUAAUUUAUAUGACCAAUCUAAGUUUUUCGUUAUUGGGAAGGACACCAGUUUCAGGCCAUCAAAAUGGGUCAAAAAAAUCCCUGAGAAAUCCCGAUAAAAAAUUGUACAAUGCAUGAGAAACAAGAAUACAUACUUAUUUUCAAUUAAUUUCACGAAAAUCAAAAAUAUGGAGUGUAAAUACUAAGUUAACUUGAGUUGACAUUUUAAAAUAUUAAUAUAUCGGUGCUUGAAUGUUUGAUGUGAUUGUUUGUCUAGUCAUUUUCGUCGGCGGUUAGAGAGUAUAUACUGCACUAACCGUUCCAACCGUUAGUGAAACUGACUUCAUCUGUUUUUUCGUCAAUAAAAAAUAGCCAAUUUAAUUUUCUUCAAGACACAAUAGAUUCAACAAGAUUCAAAUAAAAUAGAAAACCGAUAUGUUUCUACUACUUUUUGUAUGCAAUUCUUUCGAAGAAGUGCAAACUAUUUUUCAAUGAAAAAAACAUUUGAUCUCAGCAAGUCAAGCAGCUACCGCCAUUGUCAGAGGCGUUGCUAUGUGUAAAAUAAAAUAACACUUGUCAUUGAUUUAACACUUUUGCCACUAUUUAAUUAAAUGAGUUAUUUAUAUUUAUAACUAUGUAUUAAUUAGAAUAAAAACGUAAGUAACUAAUUAAAUAGCUAGGUAAAUAAUCUUUUUCGUAUAUUUAUAAACGAUCUGAAUGCUACAUAAUCCAUGAGCAAAAUUUAUUUAUUUUUAUGUGACACAUGCAAUUGACGAGUAUGGUACGGCGUGAUGUGAAACUACAAAAAUAAAAAAGUAAAAUGAACUGAU